AUGCAAUCUGAACUGGAUCAAAUUGUUGGUCGUGAUGGUAGUCUGACCCAAGAAAUGUUGUCGCAACUCACAUACUUGGAUUGUGUCAUUAAAGAAGUCUUGCGUUACUAUCCUGGUGGAAUCAUCAAUCCUGGUCAACAAGUGGCCGUAAACCUUGGUGCUCUUCAUCAUAAUCCAGAAUAUUGGCAAGAUCCCGAUAAAUUCUGGCCUGAAAGAUGGGAAAACGGCUUCACUCCUGUGCCUGGUAGCUAUUUGCCUUUUGGAAACGGCAUUGCAGGAAGUGAUACAGAUGCAAGUAUCGACUGGAUAGUGAGGUGUUCACACAUUGUCGUUACUAGUUUCGAUAUUGAAUUGGUUGAAGGACUAAGCAUUGUCAGGAGCACUUUCCUCUUGACUGGGUUCUAUAAUGGUCUCUUGUUUCGAUUCAAGCCUCGUAUAUUGGACCUUGGAUGUGGCGAGGGAGCUUUGCUCGAAAUCGUACUAAACGAUACAUCAAUCACAAGAUGUGUUGGAGUGGAUGUUAACGAGUCUGUGCUGGCGCAAGCUCUCUUGGAAUGUUCCCCAACUGAAUCUGACAAGCGGUUCUUACGUGAACGUCCUGUGAAAUUAGAACUAUACCAAGGGUCUGUAGCUGAAGCUGAUUCAAGGUUGCUGGGAUUUGAUGCAGUCGUAUCUGUCGAAGUUAUAGAGCAUCUGGAUCCACCGGUUCUAGCUGCAUUCCCUCGUACCGUCUUUGGCGUAUAUCGUCCUGGAACAGUCAUUAUAACCACUCCAAAUGCUGAAUUCAACGUCAACUUUCCGUCAUUAAAGUAUGGAACGCCUGAAGCUAUAUUAAGAAAUGAUGAUCAUCGAUUCGAGUGGACGAGAGCAGAGUUCCAGAGUUGGUGUGAUAAGAAUGCCGCUCAGUACGGAUAUGUAGUGAUGUAUGAUGGCAUUGGAUUGCUGACAUCCGGAGACACAGGACUUGGUUGUUGUACGCAACUCGCCGUCUUUACGCGUAUCGAUGAUCCAGCCACUCCUCUACCACAACAGCAAGAUACUCCUCUAACACCAUACAAAUCAAUCGCAAGUAUCGACUUCCCGUAUUUCGAAGAAGACGGAUUCACAAAUGCAGAUAUAGUGCAAGAAAUGGUUGAACGGACUCGUUACCUAGUAUAUAUCGAGGUCUUGUCGAAUGCACCUGAAGGCACACUACCCACUGCGCAAUCGUCAGAAGAAAUAAAGCAUAUCCAUAUCGAUCGAUUUUGGGCGGUGCUACGAAUACGACAAAUAUGCAAAUUAAAGACCCGUUUGUUCCAAGUUGUGCAAUCGGAUGAUGCAAAGGCAUGGUAUGCGUACUCGAGAGAUAGUGGGAUGGUCACGAUAUUGUUUGAUCCUGCCAUGUAUGAUACUAGUAUGGAUGCACAAUGGAAGGAUGAUGAUGAGAUGCAACCGAAAGAUGUUGAUGAACUUGACGAUGAAGAGGAAGGAGAAGACCACGAUGAUCGAGAGCAACAACUUUAUGACGAACACGAGCAUGAUGGAGAAGUGAAUCAUUCAAUGCAAACUGCUUGGCCGGAGUAUAGGGAUAAAGACGUGAAUAUGUUUUGGGGUUCACCAGACCCGAACGUGAAUGAACAAUCGAAUGAUGUAAAUCAUCACUGGGCUGAAUCAGUACCUGCAGAGUAA